UCACUCACUCACUUACCUAUCCAAUCCAAACCAACCCCUUCAAAAUGGAAGAAACCACAUGGGAACAAAGACACAAUGCUCUAACUCACAUCCUAACCCACCCAACAACCACCCCAUCUCUCCACUCUCAACUCUUCAUCUCAACCCAAAUCCCCUGCUGCUACCACAACUGGGAAUACCCUCCAAUGUUCUGCCCCAAACACCACCAACUCCAAUGGGCUAUUGGGCUUUUCCUCAAAAGGGCAGGUGGUGGGCUUAACCAAGGCUCUUGGAGGUCAAAGUGCCCCUAUCAACUACCACCACCAGUGGUGCUUGCUAAGGGUGUAGAACCACCCAAAUGGGGUGAUGAAGAUAAGAGAGAGUAUGUGAAGAAAAGGCUUAGAAGGAAGAAGCUAGGGAAUGAUAUCAACCCUUGGAUUCCUAUCUUGUUGCCUAAUCUUAUCUUGAUGUCUUUUUUGUUAUGGGAUCCUUUUCAAGAUGACCCAAAAAUUCUCUAAUAAGGGUUAUUUUAUAUUUUUAUUGUAUGUGUUUAUUUUAUACUUCAUCGAAAAAAAUAAUAAAGUAGUUUAGUCAUUUGUUCUUUGACA